AUGGAUACCGAGAUUACUGGGCCACGACUGAACGAGGGCAAUGGAUUUGUGGUCAAGUCCCGAAAAAAAGCACACGAUGUCCUAUUGCCACAAAAACCCGGAGAUAAAGGUCGUUUGAAAUACCCCAUGAAAUGGAUGCUUCGGUCAUCCAAAUCAGAAGGCCUGAUGGAUUGUGACGGUAUAUCAUCUUCAUCGCAGACCGAUUCAAAAUCCCGGCAGACAUCCUCACUAGCGCUUAACACGAACGGAUUGAAAUCCCCGCGAUAUGCCAAAUUGGCAAAUGUUACUUCCUCAGACCAGAUUCAUUCACACACACCCAGUAUUGUUGCCAAUGCCCAACGAAAAAAGAAACUAGUAUCAUCAAAGUGGAAUGAUUUAGCCAAUGUGUUGCGGUAA